AUGAGUGAGGCACAACACAAAAAUAUCACUGAAGACGCGCAACUUGGCCAAAAAGAUCCUUCAAAGAAACAACCGACUCAACAAAAGCAACAACAAAAGGGACAAAAGACGCAAAAGUCCCAGAAAAGUACGCCCAUCAUGAAAAAAGACGACGAAAACAAAGAAGUCCAAAAAGAAGAAAAAGUCGAGGGGGAACACCAACUAACUAAUAAAGAACUCAAAGCACUCAAAAAACAACAAAAACACGACAAAAAAGCUGCACGCGUCGCAGCGGGAAUUCCACCAAUUCCACAGCCCCCAUCGAAAAAGGAAAAGAAAGAACAACAACAGGGAGAGAAGGAAAAACACGACGAGAAACAGAACAAAACCCCGCAGAAAAAGAAGAGCGAAAAGGAAGUUAAGCCUCAAAGUAGUCAAGGCUCUGUGUGCUUUGACCCAAUUAGGUUAAUGGUUGGCGACGUGAAGAGAAUGCCGGUCAUCCCUCUUAACAGUAAUGCCGUUCACUUUUCUUUCUUACAAUUUGCGUUGGAGUGCAGUGAAUAUAAGUGCAUUGGAAGUACAGUCAGAGCACUUCGAUUCAUCGACUGCAUCAUCCAAAUGCUCCAAUCGACACCAUUCACACAAAGCAUUCAAUGUGUCCCAAUGGUCGAAGAUGCGAUGAAACUCCUUGAAAACGCACGAAGUGUCACUGUCGGGAUGAAUAACGUGAAGAAUUUCAUCUUCAUGAAAAACCUCGAGAUUGGCGAGGCGUUGCAAACGGCGCAGACGAUCUCGAUGAGCAUCAUUGGGAGUCAAAAGGAGAUCAUUUCAAAAGUGGUGGACACGUACAAAUAUAUCAACCAACACGCCGUCAUCCUUACACUUAACUAUUCAACACUCUUAUUAAACAUUUUUAAAAACCAAUACGCAAAAGGAACGGAUUUUAAAGUCAUUGUAGUCGAGACAUCACCGCUGAAAGAAGGAGCUUACUUCGCGCGAGCUCUUACAGACAUUGGAAUAGAUACUACUUACAUUCUACCAGGUGGACUUCAAAUAGUAUUGGGGACGGUUACUCGAGUACUUUCUUCAGCUUCAGCUAUGGACGGAAGAGGGUCUGUAUACACGAGAGCGGGCUCUGCAUCAGUUAUUUAUGCUGCACAGAAGAUGCACAUACCAGUUAUAGUGUGUUGUGAGACAUAUAAGAUGACGGAUGGGAUACUCAAGAACGAAAAAGAAAUGUGCAGAAUGUGUAAGAAUGCGACAAUGUACGACGAAGUCCCUCAGGAGAUGAUCACUGUAGUCAUCACCGAGUUUGGAAGAGUCCCGCCUUCCUCUAUUCCUGCUAUUGUGAGAGAACAACGUUGGGACUCGAAAGUGCUUUCACAAGAAAAAUACUAA